CACAUCCCAAACAAAAUGACUUCCGUUAGAAAGAGAAAGAUGGCACGCUCCAGUGUCACGAAGAUGACCCGUCGUGUGAAGGACAAGAGAAGAACGGUGAACAUCCACUCAAAUCCGCUCAUCGCCGCCAACUGGGACCACAGCUUGACCAUGGCCCAGAACUAUAAGAAGUUGGGGUUGACCGUGAAGUUGAGUAGAGCUGCUGGUGGGGAGGAAAAGGCCCUUGCGGUUGAAGUCAAGAAUGAAGCAAAGAGAAGAGCCGCUAUGAAGGAUGCUGUUCCGCCAGUGCCGUUCGGCGAAGCCGAUCCAUCCACCAUCCCUGCGGGUGAGGCCCGCAUUGUCCGCGACGAUGAGGGCGAAGUUGUCAAGAUCAUCUACGGUACCAUGGCCGUCUCCUCCCAAGGUCAUAACGCCUCUAAACAGGACCAAGACGAAUCCACCAAGACCGAGGUCGUUAAGAAAUUGGAGGAAUUGGCCGCAACCGCAUACGUCAAGAGAGAGAGAACUCAGAGCGAAAGAGAAAACGACUGGUGCAGAAGCUUGCACGAAAAGUACGGUGAUGACUUUGACAAAAUGUUCUGGGACAAAAAGUUGAAUGUCUGGCAGCACUCCAAGGGCGAGUUGAGAAAAAAGCUCACCAAAUGGAAGAAGGCCAACGGCAUCAACUAGCACCCCUGCAUUUUCUUUGUACACUAUCAUUUCCUAUUCUGCCACCUUCUUUAUCUUCUGUGUUUACUUAUAUAUAAUUAUUUCAAAGGUACGGGUUUAUA